AUGGAAAGAACCAGAAGACCUUCAUUUUCUUCCAUUUUCUUGCUUCUUUUCACUGUUUCUAGUGUUCUUGAUCCGACCCGGUUUGCAGAUGCAUCGGGUCAAAAUCAACAACCCAUCAAGAGGAUUGUGGUGUUGGUUCUUGAGAACAGAUCUUUCGAUCACAUGAUUGGGUGGAUGAAGAAAUCUAUAAACCCAUCAAUCAAUGGCGUCACGGGUAGAGAAUGCAACCCGGUUUCAACCAACUUGACCCGAAAACAACCCCAAGAAGACGAAACUCAAGAAUCGUCCAUCUGUUUCACUGAUGAUGCAAAGUACGUGGAUCCGGAUCCGGGUCACUCAUUCGAAGAUGUGGAAAAACAGGUAUUCGGGUCAAAUCCAAUUCCCUCAAUGACUGGUUUUGUCGAACAAGCAUUAUCGGUAUCAACAAAUCUUUCUGAAACAGUUAUGAAAGGAUUCAAACCUGAAAAUGUCCCAAUUUUUGCGAAAUUAGUUCAAGAAUUUGCGGUUUUUGAUAGAUGGUUUUCUUCAAUUCCGGGUCCGACCCAACCCAAUAGAUUAUUCGUAUAUUCAGCCACUUCUCAUGGGUCAACAAGUCAUGUCACAAAACAAUUAGCAAAAGGGUACCCACAAAAAACCAUCUUUGAUUCACUUCAUGAGAAUGGGAAAGAUUGGGGUGUAUAUUUUCAAAACAUACCCACAACUUUGUUUUAUAGAAAUUUGAGGAAGUUAAAGUAUGUGUUCAAGUUCCACCAAUAUUCUACCUUUAAACAACAUGCUAAAGAUGGUAAGUUGCCAAAUUUGAGUGUGAUUGAGCCAAGAUACUUUGACAUAAAGGGUUUCCCCGCAAAUGAUGAUCAUCCAUCACAUGAUGUGGCAAAUGGACAAAAUUUGGUGAAGGAAGUUUAUGAGACAUUGAGGGCAAGUCCACAAUGGAAUGAGAGUCUUUUGGUGAUUACUUAUGAUGAACAUGGUGGAUUCUAUGAUCAUGUUAAGACUCCUUAUGUUAAUGUUCCUAACCCCGAUGGAAAUACGGGUCCCGCACCUUCGUUUUUUAAGUUUGAUAGGUUGGGUGUUAGGGUUCCUACGAUUAUGGUCUCUCCUUGGAUCAAGAAAGGCACCGUGAUUAGUAACCCUAAUGGACCAACACCCAAUUCCGAAUACGAGCAUUCUUCCAUACCCGCAACCAUAAAAAAGAUGUUCAAUUUAUCAUCAAACUUUUUAACUCAUAGAGAUGCAUGGGCUGGAACCUUUGAACAUGUCAUUCAACAAUUAACCUCUCCAAGAACAGAUUGCCCAGAGUUUCUCCCUGAAGCUAAUCCUUUGAGAGAUACAGAACCAGAUGAAUCAAAAGGACUCUCUCAAUUUCAAAGUGAAGUGGUUCAAUUAGCUGCUGUUCUUAAUGGUGAUCAUUUCUUGAGUAGUUUUCCAGAUGAAAUGAGCAAGAAAAUGAAUGUGAAAGAAGCUUAUACGUAUGUAAGAGGUGCAGUUUCAAGAUUCAUAACUGCUAGCAAAGAAGCUAUCAAUUUGGGUGCUGAUGAAUCUGCCAUUGUUGACAUGAGAUCAUCUCUUACUACCAGAUCAGUUAUUCACAACAAAUGA